UCUCUCUCUCUCUCUCUCUCUCUAUAUCUCCCUCUCUCUCUCUCUCUCUAUAUAUAUAUAUAUCUCUCUCUCUCUCUCUCUAAAUUAGGGUUUCUCCUGAAACCCACGAGGGAUUUGGAGCAAAAAGGUCGGGUUUUUGCUCCCUGUUUCGGCCCCAAUGGCGUCCAUGAUGUCCGUGAAGCAAUCCUCGGCGGCGCUUACCGCCCACAACCUCGCUAGAUCCAAGCCCAGAGCUUCGGCGCUUAGCUCUUCGCUUCUUCCUCCGCUCCCUGCGUCCAAAAACCCUGAAUUGGUGUCGGUUUUCUUGCUUAAGCCCUUGUGUCGAACCCCUGUUGAGGGGCUCCGCAUCUGGUGCGGGGACCCCCCCGCCGAGCGCCGGCCGCGGGCGUUCGAGUCGGAGCGUCCGGAGGGGAUCGAGAUCCCGGCCCAAGGCGGCGGCGCCGGCGAAGCCGGGGCCGCGGCGGCUGCGGCGACGGCGACGGCAGCUAAGGCGGCGCAGAGGGCUAAAAUCGGGGUCUACUUCGCGACGUGGUGGGCGCUCAACGUGGUGUUCAACAUCUACAACAAGAAGGUGCUCAACGCGUUCCCUUACCCAUGGCUCACCUCGACCCUCUCCCUCGCGGCCGGAUCCCUCAUCAUGCUCGUCUCCUGGGCCACUCGGAUUGCCGAGACUCCUAAGACCGAUCUCGAAUUCUGGAAAGCUCUAGCUCCCGUUGCGGUGGCGCACACGAUCGGUCAUGUGGCCGCGACGGUGAGCAUGUCGAAGGUGGCGGUGUCGUUCACGCAUAUCAUUAAGAGCGCUGAGCCGGCGUUCAGCGUGGUGGUGUCGAGGUUCCUCUUGGGGGAGACUUUUCCGGUGCCGGUUUACCUCUCGCUCAUUCCGAUCAUCGGCGGUUGUGCUCUCGCAGCAGUGACGGAGCUCAAUUUCAACAUGAUUGGAUUCAUGGGAGCUAUGAUCUCGAACCUCGCAUUUGUUUUCCGCAACAUAUUUUCCAAGAAAGGGAUGAAGGGUAAGUCGGUUGGCGGGAUGAACUACUAUGCCUGCCUCUCCAUGCUCUCUCUGCUCAUUCUCACCCCAUUCGCCUUCGCGGUGGAGGGACCGCAGAUGUGGGCGGCAGGUUGGGAGAAGGCGAUUUCGCAGAUCGGUCCCCAUUUCAUAUGGUGGGUAGCCGCGCAGAGCAUCUUCUACCACUUGUACAACCAGGUCUCCUACAUGUCCUUGGAUGAGAUCUCUCCUUUAACCUUUAGCAUUGGCAACACUAUGAAGAGGAUAUCAGUUAUUGUCUCGUCUAUCAUUAUUUUCCACACGCCAGUCCAACCCGUCAACGCGCUCGGAGCGGCCAUCGCCAUUUUGGGCACCUUCCUUUAUUCUCAGGCAAAGAAUUAAACUAUUGGAAUCCGCACAAGAUUUGAUGACAAAGUCUCUAUCCGGUUCGCUACCCCUAGUAGAUUUUCCGGCUUCGCAGAGCAGUAGAGCCAACUUUUCGCAGCGGCCCAGCAUAUGUAGUAUUGGUAUUCUAGCAUCUUAGUAUCAGCAGGUAUUUGUAGAUAUGUUAUCAUUUUAAAUAGUAAUAAAACUUAGGCUAGCUUGUCUUGUUUAGUACCUGAGGAAAUAAUGAAUUGUUUUAUUUUUUAUUGUUUGCAUUGUGUUUUUGUUUGGGUGUGUGAAGUGUGUGCAUGACAUGGUGGGUUGAUAUUGUUAUUGUCCCCAUCUCAGUUGAAAACAGCUAUUUGAUAUGAAGAGGGCUGAGAGGGUUUAGCACAUGAUUGUUGCUUAGUGUUGAUACCUAUUGUGGAUCUCUCUCUCUCUCUAUGGCCUUCUUAUUCAUAUCUCUGUAAUGCUUCUCUGUUUGGAUCAGAGUACUUUGUUGCUGUA